AUGGUGAUGAUGGUGGUAAUGAAGGUGACGGUGAUGAUGGUGGUAAUGAAGGUGGUAAUGAAAGUGAUGGUGAUGAUGGUGGUAAUGAAGGUGACGGUGAUGAUGGUGGUAAUGAAGCAUGUAAAGAAACUAACCCUAAACCCUGCUGCCCCUCUCCCAACCCCCUCCCAACCCUUUCCCAACCCACUCCCAACCCACUCCCAACCCCCUCCCAACCCUUUCCCAACCCCUCUCCCAACCCCCUCCCAAUCCCCUCCCCCUCCCAAUCCCUCCCAAUCCCCUCCCAACCCUCUCCCAACCCCCUCCCAACCCCCUCCCAACCCUUUCCCAACCCACUCCCAACCCCUCUCCCAACCUCCUCCCAACCCUCUCCCAACCCCCUCCCAACCCUCUCCCAACCCCCUCCCAACCCUCUCCCAACCCUCUCCCAACCCCCUCCCAACCCCCUCCCAACCCUCUCCCAACCCCCUCCCAACCCUCUCCCAACCCUCUCCCAACCCCCUCCCAACCCUCUCCCAACCCCCUCCCAACCCUUUCCCAACCCCUCUCCCAACCCCCUCCCAACCCUUUCCCAACCCCCUCCCAACCCUUUCCCAACCCACUCCCAACCCCUCUCCCAACCCCCUCCCAAUCCCCUCCCCCUCCCAAUCCCUCCCAACCCUCUCCCAACCCCCUCCCAACCCUCUCCCAACCCUUUCCCAACCCACUCCCAACCCCUCUCCCAACCUCCUCCCAACCCUCUCCCAACCCCCUCCCAACCCUCUCCCAACCCUCUCCCAACCCCCUCCCAACCCUCUCCCAACCCCCUCCCAACCCCCUCCCAACCCUCUCCCAACCCUCUCCCAAUCCCCUCCCAACCCUCUCCCAACCCUCUCCCACCCACCUCCCAACCCCAUCCCAACCCCCUCCCAACCCUCUCCCAACCCCGUCCCAACCCUCUCCCAACCCCCUCCCAACCCUCUCCCAAUCCCCUCCCAACCCCCUCCCAACCCUCUCCCAACCGCCUCCCAAUCCCCUCCCAACCCCCUCCAAACCCUCUCCCAACCCUCUCCCAACCCCCUCCCAACCCCCCAUGCAGACUGA